AUGCUUUUAUUUCCUACAUACACACACACGCACAUACACUGGCAGAUGAGCUCGGUAAUGGUUCGUCGUCGUCGAGGGCCGCAUCGACCGCGAUCCACCCGCUGUUCGGUGGAGGCGCCUGCCGCUGGCCAGGAUGUGAGAGGGUGUUCGACGAGUUCGACGACUUCUACAGCCACCUGCACUCGGAUCACAUCAACGGGGACUACUCGGCGGCGCAGGCCCGCAUCCAGAUGGAGGUGGUGUGCCAGUUGCACCUGCAACUGCAGAAGGAACGCGACCGGCUGCAGGCGAUGAUUCUGCACCUGAACAAGAAGAACGAGAUGAUGCGUGCUCCGUCGGCCUUGUUCGCGGGGCCCGCCGGCUUCCUGUCGCAGCUACCCGCGCUUCCUUCCCUGCCACCGGCACCGUCAGUCGCGCAGUCUACGAUCCCACCCGGCACGGCUUCAACCGCCCGGCUAGACCCGACCCAACACGGCACACUUCCGGGGCCGUUCGAUCUCAUAGCCGGACUGCGCUUUCCCGCAGAUCUGGUCGCCGACAUGGCGGCCAGUGCGUCACUGGUGGCCGGAUCCUUCGGCAGCCGGCUUCACCAGCAUCAUCAACACCAGCAGCAACAUCAUCAGCAGCAGCAGCACCAUCAACAACAACAACAGCAGCAGCAACAGCAACAGCAGCAACAGCAGCAGCAACAGCAGCAGCAGCAGCAAAACCAUCAGCAGUCACCCUCGGCUUCGUCGGCAUCAUCUCAGCAUCAUUUGCAUCACCAACAGCAUGGUACGCAUUCGCCAACAACGUCGGCAGGCUCGGCACCGCCACUGGGGAACGCCCCUGGUCCUGGUGCGAGCUCCAAGUCCUCCAAGGGUACCGGUAACGUUCGCCCCAAAUACUUCUCUGCGCAGGACAGCGAAGAACUCAACUAUCCGGAUGUUCAAGACGAUGUGCAUAAGAACCGCGAGUUCUACCGUAGUCACGACGUGCGCCCACCGUUUACCUACGCGUCGCUGAUCCGUCAGUCUAUCAUAGAGUCACCCGAGAAGCAGCUGACGCUGAAUGAAAUCUACAACUGGUUCCAGAACACCUUCUGCUACUUCAGGCGCAAUGCGGCCACCUGGAAGAACGCGAUACGCACCAACCUUUCGCUGCACAAAUGCUUCGUGCGCUACGAGGAUGACUUUGGUUCGUUCUGGAUGGUGGACGACCACGAGUUCCUCAAGCGCCGCCACCUGUCGCGCGGACGACCAAGGAAGUAUGACAUUUCGAUGCCCCCGCUUAGCGACGGUGGUCCCGGUUCUGGUCCGACACCGGGCCGGCAAUCCGCCAGUGUCGAACGCACCGGACACCAUCCAGGAGCUGCCGGCGAUGGACGAUCGAUGGAGCACGGUCCACAUGGUGAUGGGGGCGGGGCGGACUGCAUCGAACCAUCGUCGCAGUCGCUUGGUUCUGGCAGUUUUCGCUACUGUGCGGACGAGUACGGCGAACCCACAAGCACAGCCGGCAAACCAGAUAAGGAAGGACAACUCGCCAGCACCGGGCGGCGCUCGAUGACUAAAAAGUCCGACUUUAGCAGACGGUAACGAUUCACAUUCUCGUCGCUGGACAGCUUCUCUGGCCUGCAAUUUGCAAACAUUUCCCCUGCUCCUCUUCGCUCCCCUACCGAUUCUUUCCAUUUUUCUCUUCGUCUUGUAACGCCUUGCAUGUAACUUAUCCAUGGGUGGGAAAGUUUUUCUUUUAAAGUUACAUUUUCGUAGCCCAUGCGCAGACAAGGCUAUUGUUUUUCACAUGCCAAGCAUUUAUCUUCGUUCAGUUUCACCUUUCUUUAGCUAGGUCGGUUCACGGAGAUGCACUUCCGGAAUGGCACACGCUCAAUGGUUAGACAUCGUUGUCCACAGGUGUACACAAUCUACUUCGACACUCAACUUCGAUAUCUAGCGUGUUGUACAUAUUCCAUUAAAACUAAUUUGAACAAUUUUCCAAUUUGUUUUUCUCCCGAAAGCAGAAUUUGUGUCCCUCCAUUUUCAGAUAGUUUUCUGCAGUCUUCUAUCUGGCCCGGGUACCAGAGCGGAUUGUGGCAGCAGAUCAACCGUACGUAUCAGCCAUCGAUCGUACAUUCCUGUCGACAGCGUACCAUCAGCCUCAAGCUAUGAACGGUG